AUGACCGACGCUUAUAUAGCUGGAUAUUCGAACAAUUACGAUACCCGUCACAUCCUUCACUUUUGUUUCAUCCAUCUUGCCCUGCGCCUCCUCGAGCCAGAGUUGUGCUCACCCCCUUCCUUUCCCGUCGGUGUUGGACUGACCGCACGUUACGUUAUAGCCGACUCGUUUCCGCCCAUUCCAGACCCCUUGACUGCGCCUUUCCCGUCAUUUCCUAUGCCUAUGCCCAUGCCUGAGAUCAGCGUGCAAAUGCCAGACGCUGACGUCCCGUACGGGCAGCCAUAUGCCUCUGAAUACGGCUCUGAGGCUUCUGAGCAUCUCGCCUCUGAGUGCCCAUACACCCCCAAGUACCCAUACACCCCGGAGUACUUAUAUCCACUCCAACAGUCUCAGCAACCAUAUUAUCUCCCUCCUCACGCGUCAGUGCCACUUAACCACGCUGAUCUGCCUGAACCGUGGGUCCCAAAUGUUCCGGAGCAAUCAGAUGAGGAAGAAGUUGACCCCAAAACUAGGCCUAUUGACUUCCCUACCCCUGAUCAUGUGCAAGCGAGAGCAUCUGUUUCGCGCAGGCCUUCGGCCCUACAGCGUUUCGCUUCCUUCCUAGGACUAAGGCACAAGGAAUCGACAACCUCACGUCAUUCCUGA